UCAUAGCCAAAAAGGAGAAACCAUAUUGCAAAAUAGAAGAAAAUUUAUUUAUUAAAAUAAAGUGAAGUAAUGUCACAUAGCUGUCGCAAUGUUGGCUGAGAAAGGUUCUUAUCAAAAUAUGAAGUCAAGCAAAACUCCUUUGUGUUUUAUCGCUAUUAAUACGCUGAGCGAUGUCCAGGCGAUACGUUGCGCUGAAUUUCAUCCCGAUGGUAAGAUCUAUGCGGUCGGUUCUAAUUCGAAAACUUUAAGAAUCUGCUUGUAUCCGCCACCAUGUGAAAUUACCAGUAAAAAUCAUACAUCACAUCAGCCAACGGUGAUAUUUAAACGUACCAAACAUCAUAAAGGUUCGAUAUAUUGUACAGCUUGGUCGAAAGAUGGCAAAUAUAUUGCCACCGGCUCGAAUGAUAAAACGAUUAAAAUAAUGCAAUACAGUACUGAAAAUAGACAAUUGGAGGGACGGGAAAUUGAAUUGACUAUGCACGACGGCACUGUGAGAGAUCUCUGUUUCGUAGAAGAUAAUUGCAAUGAAAAACGUUUAUUGAUAAGCGGAGGUGCUGGCAGUUGCAAAAUAUUUAUAACAGAUUGUGCCGCUUUAACUCCCUUUCAAAAUUUUGCCGGACAUAGCGGACAUAUAUAUUCCAUAUAUAGCUGGGAAAAUAACUCGUUCGUUUCAGGCUCUCAGGAUAAGACGGUACGUUUUUGGGAUAUACGUAUUAAUGAAUCAACAAAUACGGUUUUACCCGUAACAUAUUACGAUUCGAUGGGCUCGCCGGUCACUUCGGUAUGCGUGGAUCCAACUGGCCGACUAUUGGUAACAGGACAUGAAGACAGUUCAUGCGUAUUAUAUGAUAUACGCAAGAAUCGGCAAAUUCAAUGCUUUCAGCCUCAUACAGCCGACAUAAGAUCUAUACGUUUCUCACCAUCGGCUUAUUAUCUGCUGACAUGCGGCUAUGAUAAUAAAAUCGUUUUAACCGAUCUUCAAGGUAAUCUAACAUUAUCGUUGCCUUCUGUGGUAGCGGGAGAACAUAGCGAUAAAGUGAUCUCGGCCCGAUGGCAUCCCAAUGAUUUUUCUAUACUUUCAACAUCAGCCGAUAAGACUGCCAAAUUAUGGGCAAUACCAAAUAUUUGAAUAUCCUAAGCCAAACAAAAUGAAAAAUAAUCAUCAAAACCUUUUCAAAUCUAUUUAGAAGAGAUAGGAGAAAACAAAAAAAAAA